AUGGCGUGGAUACGGAUGCCUUCGCUUGAUGCUGCGUGUAUGUUUGUAUGGGCGAUUAUUCUGAGCCUCAAGCGAGAUACAAACCCUCCUGCGAAGCCGGAGGCAAGUCCCCAGUCCGAUUAUUGCAGACCAAUUGUGAAACAUGGCAACAUUUUCAGCGAUUCAGUGGAUAUCACACAGAUUAAGAAGAUAACUCAUGGCCGUCCAGCAAGUCCCCAAGUGGCCUCUGCCAAAUUUUGCUUAACUACCUUCAAAGCUUCCGGUGGCUAUGAUCCUCAGAGAAUCCCACAAGUAAACCAGUUGGAUCUUCGGUUUUGA